CUUGAAGAGCAUCUGUAGAAGAAGGAAAAGAUGGGUGUGAAGACAUUUACUCAUAACUCCUCCUCCCACAGUCAGGAAAUACUUGGAAAACUAAAUAUGUUGCGGAACGAUGGACAUUUCUGCGAUAUCACUAUUCGUGUCCAGGAUAAAAUCUUCCUGGCACAUAAGGUGGUACUCGCAGCUUGCAGCAGUUUCUUUCGUACCAGGCUUGUGGGCCAAGCAGAGGAUGAGAACAAGGGCGUGUUGGAUCUGCAUCACGUGACGGCGGCUGGCUUCAUGCCUCUUUUAGAAUACGCUUACACGGCCACUCUGUCAGUUAACACAGAAAAUAUUAUUGAUGUUCUAGCGGCAGCCAGCUAUAUGCAGAUGUUCAAUGUCGCUAGCACCUGCUCAGAGUUCAUGAAAUCAAGUAUUUUAUGGAAUACACCCAAUGAGCAGCCAGAAAACAGCCCAGAUGCUGGGCAAGAAAAUAAUUCUAACUGCAAUUUUACCUCUCGUGAUGGAAGCAUUUCUCCGGUACCUUCAGAGUGCGGGGUGGUGGAAAGAACCACUCCCGUCUGCCGAGAAUCCCGGAGAAAACGCAAGAGCUGCGCUGUUAGGCCUCCCGAGAGUCCUGUACAGUGUAGCACGCAAACAAGCUCUCCCCAGGUAUUGAAUGCCUCAGCUUCCGACACAGAAAAUAGAAAUCAACCAGAUGACUCUUCUUUAGCUUUUCCUUCUUGGACUUUUCCUUUUGAAAUUGAUCCAAGGGUUCAGCCUGAGAAAGCUAAGCAGGCAGAAAGCCCUCGGACUUUAGAAUUACCUGGCCCAUCUGAGACAGGUGGAAGAGCGACCUGCAGGAACACAAAAGCUGCCUGGCCUCUGGGUUCCGAAGGAGACGGCCAAGUCAAAGUACAAAGGUUAAGCAGUGAGGAGGCCCACGAGGCGGGGUCGCAGCCUGUCAGCGCACCUCAGAGCUGCCUGCGUGAUCAGCACACAGCCCCAGGAAGCCGGCGAGGUCAGGAGGACCUUCCGGUGAGUCCAUGGUCUUCCUCCGCAGGCACCAGUGAUGAGGGCGUUGCCGAGGCGUUGCCUACACUGCCAAGCUCUCCCAGCACUAACGCUCCUGUGGAUGACGACGACCGACUGGAAAACGAUCAGUAUCCCUACCAACCCGACAUCACUCCUUCUGCCAGCAGUACGGAACGACCAGGUCCCAGUGGCCCAGACAGACCUUUCCAGUGCCCAACCUGUGGGAUGCGAUUCACCCGCAUUCAGAACCUGAGGCAGCAUCUCCUCAUCCACUCAGGAAUUAAACCAUUUCAGUGCGACCACUGCGGGAAAAAGUUCACCAGGGCUCAUUCGCUAAAGACGCAUCACCUAAAGCAUGAAGGGGCAGGCCGUUUCCAGUGCCAGGUGUGUAGCGCCACAUUCACUUCCUUCGGGGAAUACAAACACCAUCUGAGGGUCUCCCGGCACGUCAUCCGCAAGCCUCGGAUUUACGAGUGCAAAACAUGUGGUGCCAUGUUCAACAGCUCUGGAAAUUUCGUCGUGCACCUGUGGAGCCUGAACCAUGAAGCAUCAGAGCUAGCAAACCACUUCCAGCGCGGUGAUUUCCUAGUACCGGACUACUUCAACCAAGAAGACCAAGAAGGGACCCUUGCUCAGUACGAUCUUGGAGAACAUGGUUUUGAAAGCAACUCUUCUGUUCAAAUGCCUGUAAUUUCACAGGUCUCAUCCAUCCAGAAUUGUGAAUGCACCUUCCCCUUGGGAUCCCUUGCUGGGCUGGCAGAAAAGGAAGAAGAGGGGUCACAGCAGCCGAAUCCCAUUGUGCUUGCUGACCUUACCAGAGAAGAUUCCCCCCAUCGGAGCUAUCUUCUAUAA